CUCUUACAUAAUGCUGGAAAGUUUAGUGGGUCAGAGAGACAGAAAAGAAGACUGGGUCACCAUGACGUGCUGUACUCCAAAGAUAGACCCUCUGAUGCUGACAUCUUUGUGUGUGGUUUUGUCACAGAAAUGGACGUGGAUCACGGAUUCUAUCGGCAGGUGGAUGUCCAGGACCACGCUCACUACAUCGUUGCCUUCUUCGUCUUGGUGAUUGGAACAGUGGGUGUUACUGGGAAUGCCUUGGUCAUGUACGCCUUUUUCUGUAACAAGAAGCUACGGACUCCUCCCAACUUUUUCAUCAUGAACCUGGCAGUCAGUGACUUCCUGAUGGCAAUUACACAGUCACCCAUAUUUUUUGUUAAUUCUCUUUACAAGGGCUGGAUUUUUGGUGAGACAGGCUGUAAAAUGUACGCCUUCUGUGGAGCUUUAUUUGGAAUCACUUCCAUGAUAAACCUUCUGGCCAUCUCUGUAGAUCGCUACAUUGUCAUCACCAAGCCUCUGCAGGCCAUACAAUGGACCUCCAAGAGACGCACUUGCUUCAUUAUUUCCCUGGUCUGGCUAUACUCUCUAGCCUGGAGCCUUGCACCACUUUUGGGGUGGAGUUCAUAUAUACCAGAGGGCCUGAUGACCUCAUGCACAUGGGACUACGUGACAUCUACUCCAGCCAAUAAAAGUUACACUUUGAUGUUAUGCUGCUUUGUAUUCUUCAUCCCUCUGGGCAUUAUAUCCUACUGUUAUCUGUGCAUGUUUCUGGCAAUCCGCCAUGCAAGCAGAGAUGUGGAGAAGUUGGGGUCUCAGGUGAGGAAGACAACCCUGAUCCAGCAGCAGUCCAUCAAGACUGAAUGGAAGCUGGCCAAGAUUGCCUUUGUGGUCAUCAUAGUGUUUGUGCUUUCCUGGUCGCCCUAUGCAUGUGUCACCCUCAUCGCCUGGGCUGGAUAUGGAAGCAUCCUGAAUCCCUACUCCAAAGCUGUCCCAGCUGUUAUAGCCAAGGCAUCAGCCAUCUACAACCCUUUUAUUUAUGCCAUCAUUCACUCUAAAUACAGGUGA